AGAAGUGUGGUGACAACAAACAUGGACGCGAAGUGUUCACUCGUAUGUUGCGAAGAGGAAAGAGAGGCAGAUCAAGCAGUUAUCGUUCAGUUCUCUAAUGGGACCUUGCAGAAAACAGAUCAGCUAAACUUUACCUUUUACAAGAACGUCGAUGAAAACCACCCGAGGAAGAAGAGCAGACGCUUUUUGGUUGCUGAAUCAGACAGACUGUCCUACGUUGGGAAUAACUUUGAAACAGGAUCCUUAAAAUGUAACAACCUUUGCAGAUACUAUGUUGGAGUCCUAAACAAGGAGACCAUGAAGAUGGAGGUGCACAACGCUCUGCUCUUCAACAUGCAGCCAGUCAUCCCAGGGGAGAUUGCCCCCGAGUCUGACCCGUCUAGUAACAACCAAACAUACAGAGACAAGGUGGACUCUCUAAUUGAGGCAUUUGGCUCCAACAAGCAAAAGCGAGCCCUGACCUCGCGCAGGCUGAACCAGGUGGGCAGUGAAACCCUGCAGCAGGCAGUGGCCAAGGCAGCCCAGAACGUCAUCGAUCAGAAGGGUCUGGAAGCCCUGCAGGACGAACUGUCCCAGACACAGGCUCAGUCAGAGUUCGCUCCCUACCUGCCUCCAUGCCACCCAGAUGCCACCUCCCCCGACCAGGUCUACCUCUUUGAUGACUUGCUAACCCCAGUAGAGUACAGUGCCCUCGAGGCGGCGGGAUCCAAGAUGGCCACCCUCUCCCAAGAGGAGUUACAGAAGAUGAGAGACAGCGGAGGGAACCAGUGUGUAGUGCAGCAGCUGACCCGCCUGCCCAGUGAGGGCCCUGCCAGGGACAGACAGGCACGCUGUGCCUACUACCUGAGCAUGCUCCUAAAACUAGUCCACCUGAAGAUGUUCACGCGCAGGUUCGGGGAGGAGGAGGAAUGUCCUCGUAUCAUCCAGAACAAGCUGAUGAAGAGCUUCACAGUGGAGACCUUCAACAAGGGCAGGGUACAGAAUAUGGUGUCGACAUCCAUGCAUGUAAAGGUAGCUGCCUACUGCCUGGCCUUGUUGCUACACAUGGGUCACAUGACUGCUGACCUCACAGUCCUUCACCGCGACCUGGGGAUCACCGAGAUUAAGAUGCAGGAGGUAGCCAAGUCCAUGGGGCUGAAGUUGAGCAGGCCUGCCCGAGGGAAGGCAAAAGAGGCUGGGCUUGAGGUCGAGCACAGGCUGGCCAUUUUGGAGCUCCCUCUGGUCAAAUACGAACCGCUCCUCGACAACAGGAAACGCAAGAAGAUGCGUUAGAAAAGGGGAUUACUAGACGAAGGGAGGGAAGAGGGAAUUACUAGAGGGAGAAGGGAGAUUAAGAGCUAUACAAAUAAACUUUGAUUUGAAGAGCAAGAAUGCUAUAGAUUCCUGCCCAGUGAGGAUACUGUUAAUGUCAAACUAAUAAAAAAACUAAAAGAGAA